AAGCCAUCGAGACUUGAACGUGCUCAUAAUGGUACACGGGGCCAAUUACCCUCCAAACACAAAUGGGCACCACAAUACUCCAUCUUCAAGAUCAAAAGUGCCUUCCCACCAUGAUAACUUUGCUAGGAAGCCUCCAUAUAAAAAUUAUGCUAUCGAGUCUCCACGAGACUUUCCUCCUCUUCCACCCAAUUCCUUCCGGGAUAAGCGUGAUAACAAAGAGUCGAUGAACAACGCCGCAUCUCAACCUUCACAACAGCUGCCGCCACUGCCACCAACAUCACAAAUUCAACCAUCUGUAACCCCUGAUCAUCAGGGAGAAAAACCAGACAUAUUCUCAACCUUCCGCCGGGAUACGCGUAAUAACAAAGAGUCGAUGAACAACAAUGCAUCUCAGCCUUCAAAACAGCCGCCAUCUCAACCUUCACAACAGCUGCUGCCACUGUCACCAACAUCACAAAUUCAACCAUCUGUAACCCCAGACAUAUUCUCAUCUUCACAAACUCAACCUUCUAAAAACAAUGGAACGAAAACGUCAACUAAUAUUUCAGACACUUCAGCAUCUUCGAGUAGUGCUGCGGGUUUUCUAAUUUGUUUUGGUACCAUGCCUCCACUUGUUGAAACGACAAAGCCAUCAUCACUGACGCGGCCGCUACCAGCAGCAACAGCGAAAACUUCUUCAUCAGCAACGUUGUCUACAACAUCUACCAGUCGGCCAUCCCAAUUGCCUGGUGAUGCAGCAAAUGGUGAUCAUGAGUGGAAAAAAUGUCGUACCUGCCAUAAUCAUGUAAAGGAUUGUUGUCGGCAAAGUGUGCUUGCCGCCCUCUUCCAUUCAGGAAAUAUUGCUGCUGUACGUAUGGGCCAUAAAUCAACCAAUGUCAUCCACAAGGGGUCGCAAUAAUUUUGCUUUAGAGCUUAGAGUCUAAUGGCGACCGGAACUCACACCUGACAAAGCACAAGAAAUCAACUACAAAUUAAAUGAUGCUUCAAUUAAGGAAAAAGGCCUCUCGCCUUCAUUAAACAAAAGAGCUAAUUGUCAUAUAUUCAUAUUGAUUAUUUGUAUUUUAUUUUUGGUUCGGUGCUUCGUGGCAUGUGGCCUAAGGUUUUUUAUUUUUAAUUAUUAGUUAAU